AUGGCCCCCGAUCGAUCAGAUCAAAAUCACUGCAUUGCAAUCACGGCUUUGGACAUCUCACCUGAGCGGACACAUGCGGUUAUCGCAGGCAAGGAGAUUCUCAAGACCAUCCAGGUCUCGCCAGACCGCUCAUCGGAGGAAUUCAACAUUCGCAAUGCAGUCAUUAGCUAUGCAUCUACCCACCACGAUGCGGGUGUUUCAAUGCCACACAAGGAUCAAUUGAAUGUGAAGGAUGUAAAAUGGUCACAUGGGAAUCAUGACCGGAUAAUUGCAACUGCAGUCGCGAAUGGUCGGAUUGUGGUUUAUGACCUACAGCGGCCCGGUCUCCAAUUAUGUCGUUUCCAGGGUCAUAACCGCCAGGUGCAUAGGCUUGCCUUUAAUCCUCAUCUUCCUUCUUGGCUCCUGUCUGGCAGUCAAGACGGCACCAUUCGGAUGUGGGAUCUACGAUCCGCCUCUGCAAAUCGAGGAUCUCCCACAUGCGGCAGCAAACAUUCGUAUCAGGGCAACAGCGAUGCCAUCCGAGACGUCCGGUGGUCUCCUAACGAUGGAGUAAUCUUUGCAACUGCUUCAGACAGCGGCGCCAUCCAGAUGUGGGAUUAUCGAAAGGUCAACGCCCCACUGAUGAAAAUCGCCGCUCACGAUCGUCCAUGCUUCGCAGUCGACUGGCACCCCGACGGAAAGCAUAUUGUCAGUGGUGGCACGGAUCGCCAGGUAAAGGUCUGGGACUUUUCUUCAUCUGCCGAGCGACGGCAGAAACCUGCAUUCCAGUUCCGGACGCCCCAGGCGGUCACAAAUGUGCGAUGGAGGCCUCCUUCUUGGGUUGGUGAAUCUCCUGGCUCGGGAGAAUGGCAAUCGUCUCAAGUUGUCACGUCCUACGACAAGGAAGACCCACGUGUUCACCUUUGGGAUCUCCGUCGCCCACAUCUUCCAUUCCGCGAGUUUGAUCGGUACGACUCACCCACAUCGGAUCUUCUCUGGCGCUCUAAGGAUCUUUUGUGGACGGUCGGCGAGGCCGGGGCCUUUACUCAGACCGACGUUCGGUUUGCGCCAACGGUGGCCAGUCGUCGUCCGAUGUGCUCCGUGGCCUGGAGUCCUAGUGGCGAGUUUGUUGCGUUUAGUCAACAACGGCCCAGGCGACGUCCUCUGGGAGUCAAUGCCGCCGAAUUUCUAGGGCCCGAGGAAGACGAAGAUAGCACUGGCGAAAGAUCGCUAAGCCAAAGCCCUGCAGAUGAAAUAUUUGAUGAAGCCGUUUUGGCCACUUCCCUUCGGAAUCAGCAUACGAAAUUGGCUGCGACUCGGCCAUCUAAGUCCAUGGGCAGUACUCCACCCGGAGUGGUGGAUUUCAUACCUGUGCUUCCUUUAGAACAAGCACUAGCCAAACUCGCAACCCCGAUGCCUAGUCAGGUGGGAAUUAUUACAAGUAUUGCGGGCGCCACAAAUGACCCAGCAGUAUUUCGGUAUUUGGCAAGCCACUAUACACCCUUGAUGGAUGAGCACAGUGAACAUAGAACACAGACAGACGUCUUGAACUCUUUGAUUGAGUCACUGGACCAUAACGCUAAAUGUGCAGAUGAGGUCUCCCUGGCCAGAUUGGCUCAGACUUGGAGAAUUGUCAAAUUCGCCAUUCUCCAAGAACUUCAACGUAGAGCUAGAGAUUAUCCAGCAAAAGGUGGGCAGAAAGACAGGUCAUCCAAGGAUAGGCCACGACCAGAUGAUAGUCGACAGGACAGAGUCAAAAGUCGGCUGUUCAAGGGGGUCAUGGAGGCGGUUCCCGAGGCUGAGAGCUCGUCGAACAUGACCACCCCUCUUGCGCGACCAUUGCCCGAUUCCCCGAAGGACUCGUGGUCGAGCACUGAUUCCCAAAUCCCCUCGCUGAGUGAUGGGCCGAUCGGCCUUGACCCUCUCCCGCCAUCAGUCUUGAGUGAUCAUAAUGGUUGGGGGACAUCGGACCGUAUCUCCCUGCCGCGUGGACGAGUGCCAUCGAUCGAUGAUGCUCAUUCCUCGAAAUAUCAAUGGGAUCCGGUACAAGAAGACUUGGAUAUAGAGCAACGGUCUGCGCCUCGAGCAAUUGCCGGUAAAGCAGAUUGGCGCCGUCGUGGUCACUCAGAAUUCCCUCAGGCAAAUUCCGAGGAUGACUAUGACCAAAAGCUGGAGGAUAAACGUGCAGCGAUCCGUGACUACAAGCAAUUUCCCAAGAAACCAUUGACUCUUGAAUCGCCAAUGGAAUAUUACCGGCCUCCUCGUACCGACCGCCAUGGUCGGCAUGAUUCUUCGGAGAGUUUCCCCAUGUUCUCUACAUCCACCGAUAGUUCGCACCCCUCCAAGUCUAUUGGUGCGUCGUACUCGUCCGCUGGCCAACUUGAGGCAUUUAAAUCUCUGGAUGCUGGACAAUCUGCCUCAGCACUGAGAAGAGGGUCGACUCUCGCUUCUACGCGAGAGGAAUCUGAAGAUGAGCUCUUGGAUCAAGUCGUCCUAAAGACUGAUCGACUUCAUCUGGAGCGCCCGUCAAGCCCUCCCCCGUUGAUCACAGAAUCAACUCCACUUGAAAAACAGCAGCAACCUCUCCCACCAGAUGAAACCCCCUGCCUUGGCACUCUGCCUUAUUCAACAAUGGGCGGUAUCUCGCGAGUCCAGAUCCCACUCACGCCAGACGGAACAGACUUGAACCCGUGGGGUAUUGAAGCGAUUCUAAAAGAAUCGGUCCGAUAUUAUCACAGCAGCAGCAGCUUGGUCGAUAUCCAGGCUGCAGCUCAUCUUCUCCAUAAGCUGCACAUUCUUUUCCGGGACUGCAAACAAAUUCUCCCACAUGAGGAAUGCGAAACGGUCUUCAAAACUUACAAUGAGCAUCUGAUUCGGCACUCUAUGGAUCUGGAAGCAGCAGAGCUCCGCCUAUUUUGUGUAUCAACAUACCCUGCCGUCUACGAGUACGCUCAAACAGAUUCCUUCAUCAACGUCUACUGCUACGUGUGUCAACGACCGUUUGAAAAUCCCACGCAAGAUAACAGCCGCUGUUAUCGCUGCAGCACACCUCAAGCACCAUGCUCUAUCUGCAUGAGCCUUGAUCCACCCUCAGAAUGGGUUCCAGGGCAGCAAAAUCCACCAACCACUUCAUCAACCCUCACGAGUCCCGACCCAAACUCCGACACCACUUCCAACCAUUCCGCACAUUCCUCAGCUCCCACUGAACCCCUCCCAGCGUCGGAGAUCGAGACUUUCGAGCUCUUCACUGUACCUCGGCUCAAAGGCUCCGCCCUUUGGACCUGGUGCCAAGGCUGCGGCCAUGGCGGCCAUCUAGCCUGCAUCACAACCUGGCUCGGCGACAUCUCAUCCAGUGAAGGCGGCUGUGCUACCGCCGGUUGCUCGCAUGACUGCGGGCCUGGCCCACGUCGUGAACUAAACCGCCAAGCCCUGCAGGCGGAGUCCAAGCGUCGCGAAUCUGCUAGUCGGUCAGCCGGUGCCGGGCUCGUAAAGCGGGAUCCCUGGACUAAAAGUGAAAGUAAGGCUGUCGAGAAAGUCCGCGGCAUGCUGGGCGUUGCUGGCAUUGCCGCUGCCACUGGUGGCAGUGGGGCUGGCCCGGUUACUUCGACAAAUAAUACUUCCUCUCCGGCGCCGGUUUCGCCCGGCGCCAUGUCACCUAAGAGGGUGCGGCUUGUUACCCCGAAUGAGCAAGAGAAGGAAAGUGUUGCCUCGGCUCGCGCGGGUCCCCCUUCGAGGGGCUGA